GGAGGCAUGCCCGGCGAGCGCGCGCCGGGCUCGGCGUGUAGGAGCCCUGGCAGGCCGCCGGGGCGCAGGGAGCGCCAGCUGCUCGCCGUGGGAGGGGUGGGAGCGCGAGGAGGAAGGGAGCCCCCCCCCCCCGGUCCCUUCUUUCCACCCGCUUCACUUAUUCAUUCCUCCUGGGGUGCCGGCGAGCGCGAGGCUUCUCCAGCACUUUGGACUCCACGCGGUGCGGAGCCCCCCCCCCCCCCCCGUCUCCCCGGACAGCGGGGCUGGGCUGCUCUUUCUCUCCCGCUUGCCUCGCGGCUGGGUUGUCGGCGGGCAGAGGGGCGAGCGGGACCCUGCUUCCUCCCCCGGCAGCGGGGGCAGCCCUUUGUUCCCGCGCCGGCCGGCGAGCCCCGGGCAGAGCUCGGCAGCACCCUCCUGGGGCCGGCAGGGCGCCGCGGGGAGAGCCGCGGCUGUCUCCGCGCCGGGCGCGUGGCUUCUUUGUGUACAGCUGCUCCUGAAGGCGGAGGCAAACCCUGUGGCUUGGCCCUGAGCUUUUAGAAACAGACAAACAAACAAACGAGACCCCAGCCCGUCCUGCCUCCCCCCCCCCCGGCAGAGAGAGAGAGAGAGACACCUACCUGGGCUGCUCCCCCCCCCUCCCCGCCUCCCUUGUUUACCUGCACUUUCCCCACCGCCUCUUUCUUCUCGCUCGGGCUCUGCCCUCCCUCAGUCCCUUCCCUCGUUCGUCCCCCUCGCCUCAAAGGAAAAGUCGGCUCCCUCGCUAGCUCCAGCAACUUGGUCCUUUCCCUGAAGCGCAGAUCCAGGGAAGGGCACUGAAGGUGGAUCUAUUAUAACCUCCCAGCGCUUUUCUCGAAGUGCGCUUCUUGGACCGAAACCACCCCCAGCAUGGAUGUAAGAUUUUACCCAGCUGCAGCUGGCAGCUCUCUUCCCGGAGACCCUUCCAACCUGGACUUUGCCCAGUGUUUGGGCUACUACAGCUACAACAAGUUUGGAAACAAUAACAACUACAUGAACAUGACGGAGGCAAAUAAUGCAUUUCUUACUGCAAAUGAGCAGACAUUCCAUACUCCAAGCCUUGGAGAUGAAGAGUUUGAGAUCCCACCAAUUACGCCCCCUCCUGAGUCAGACCCCACGCUGGGAAUGGCAGAUAUACUGUUGCCCUUUCAGGGUCUGAGCGACCAGCUGCCUGGACAAGGAAAUGAAUUUACACCCCAGUUUCCUCCACAGAGCUUGGAUCUCCCUUCUAUUACAAUAUCACGAAAUCUUGUGGAGCAAGAUGGUGUAAUCCAUAGCAAUGGAUUGCAUAUGGAUCAUAGCCACUCACAAGUUUCACAGUAUCGCCAGGAUCAUUCUUUGAUUAUGAGAUCGAUUGUUCAUAUGACUGAUGCUGCUCGUUCAGGAAUUAUGCCUCCUAGUCAGUUAACCACCAUUAACCAGUCUCAGCUAAGUGCACAGUUGGGACUAAAUUUAGGAGGCACUAGCUUGCCACAUACUUCUCCUUCACCUCCGGCAAGUAAAUCAGCAACUCCUUCCCCAUCCAGCUCUAUAAAUGAAGAGGAUGCAGAUGAAUCAAACAGAGCUACUGGAGAAAAAAGAGCUGCUCCGGAUUCUGGCAAGAAGCCCAAGACUCCAAAGAAGAAGAAAAAGAAAGAUCCCAAUGAACCACAAAAGCCAGUGUCAGCAUAUGCUCUAUUCAGAGACACACAGGCUGCAAUUAAAGGGCAGAAUCCUAAUGCUACAUUUGGAGAGGUUUCAAAAAUAGUAGCAUCUAUGUGGGACAGUUUAGGAGAAGAACAAAAACAGGUAUAUAAAAGGAAAACAGAAGCUGCCAAAAAAGAAUACCUAAAGGCACUUGCUGCCUAUAGAGCUAGUCUUGUUUCCAAGGCGGCUGCAGAAUCAGCUGAAGCCCAGACAAUACGGUCUGUUCAGCAAACGUUGGCGUCCACUAAUUUGUCAUCCUCCCUCCUGCUGACACAUCCUCUUGCUCAACGCACAGGGUCUGCAUCUCCUCAGACUCUCCAACAAUCCCUCCCCAGGGCCAUCGCUCCAAAACUAACCAUGAGACUGCCACUGAAUCAGAUUGUCGCUUCUGUCACCAUUGCACCGAGCAUGCCAGCAAACCUUGCAGCCCCAUUGGUAAGUUCUAUGGGAACAAACAUCGCUGCAACACCGUCUUCAUCGCAAGUGAGCCCUUCACUGCAAACCCAGCAGCAUCAGAUGCAACAACUACAGCAGCAACAGAUGCAGCAAAUGCAGCAGCAGCAACUACAUCAGCAUCAAAUGCAUCAGCAGAUCCAACAACAAAUGCAACAGCAGCAUUUUCAGCACCACAUGCAGCAACAUUUGCAGCAGCAGCAGCAUCUUCACCAGCAAAUCAAUCAGCAGCAAAUGCAACAGCAGCUGCAACAGAUACAGCUUCAGCAAAUGCAACACAUGCAACACCAGUCCCAGCCUUCUCCUCAGCAGCAUUCCCCUGUAACCGCCCAGAUGACCCCCCUCCCUGCCAUUGGGAGCCCUCAGCCAGCAUCUCAGCAACACCCGUCACAAAUACAGCCCCAAACACAGACUCAAGUAUUAUCGCAGGUUAGUAUUUUCUGAAGAUAAAUGUUCUUGCAACAUUGUUUUGCAUUUAUCAAGGGGGUUAGGGGGUAAACCAUAUUUGGCUGAAAACUGUAAAUUGUUGAUGGUAGUUAUGCAGAGAUGCAUAACAGAUCAAACGAUCCUCUAAAGUGUCUAUUAGAUAGGCAAUAAAGAACUACCAUGUAGCUGUGUAUCACCUUUUAGCUGACUA